UAUAAUAUUGCAGGAACAAUCAAAGUUAAGUCAGCUUACAUAUUUCAGUGAUAUGAAGACGUGUUUUGGAAAGUUAUGUGUAUAGCAUUUAUGUAUAAAAAACUAGUAUCUUAAUCUUUAUAUUCAUUUGUGAGUGUUGGUUUGAUAUGGGAUGUUGAAUGGAAGUGUAAAGUUGACAUUUAUGUCUGCAUUUCUGCCAAGAUAUGACACUGUCCGUGGGAUUUUGGUCGUACAGUUCUGUGACAAAGGAAUAAUGUUUAGUUUGGGAAAAGUGAAUAUUUAACAAUAAGUGCAUUCCAAGUAAAGAAAUAAUUGAAUACAUGUUCAUAUUUUAGUUCUUGCUGAUAUAAUUAUAAUAAUUAUUUAAAUGCAAUAGUUAUGUAAUCAGUAGUUUUAAAGUGAUACAUUACAUUGUGUAAAGUAUGUUUUGGUUAGCACAACUUACUCACAGCUAUUAAACAGUAAAAUAAAGAUGUAAAAGAAAUUUAAACAGAAACAAAAGAUUGCUAAAAAUUAAAGAUUUGUAACCACAAAUUUAUAACAAUUUUUAUGUAAUUAACAAAAUAACAGAUUAUUUUAAUAAAAAAAAAAAAAAUAAAACCAACAUGGAAAAGAAAAAAGACUCAGCCCUGUCUAAUGAAGCAGAAAUCUAUGAAGAAUAUUCGACGACAAAGCCUGAAGAGAUAAACCAAGAGACAGAAGCGUCCUGUAAAUUAAUCACUUUGAAGGUCCUUGCUAUAGGUGACAGUGCCGUGGGGAAGACCUCCCUCAUGUACCGCUACUGUGACAACACCUUUAGCCCCGUAUUUAUAAGCACCAUUGGUAUAGAUUUCAAGAUUCGCACUAUAGAGUUGGAUGGUAAAAAAAUCAAACUCCAGAUAUGGGACACCGCCGGCCAGGAGCGGUUCCGGACAAUCACCACAGCAUACUACAGAGGGGCUAUGGGGAUCAUGCUGGUGUACGAUAUCACAAACGAGAAGUCCUUCGAUAACAUCAGGAACUGGAUCCGAAAUAUUGAAGAGCACGCAUCUCGGGACGUUGAGAAGAUGAUUCUUGGUAAUAAAUGUGACAUGAAUGACAAACGGCAAGUGAGCAAGGAGAAGGGAGAGCAGCUGGCCAUAGAACAUGGCAUCAAGUUCAUGGAGACAAGUGCAAAGGCCAGCAUCAACGUAGAAGAGGCAUUCUUUACAUUGGCCAGAGAUAUCAAGACUAAGAUGGACCGCAAAAUGGAUGCAAAUUCACCACAAAAGGAAGGCGGCGGUAGAAAACUUACAGCCAAUACCGAUCAACCCAAGAAAUCAUGGUGGAAGUGUUCUAUUCUUUGAUUUGUUGAACACAUUGUUAUUUCUUAUCUGAUUGGACAGAUGCUUUGCUUUGAAAAUACACAUUAUGUUACAUGAAUUGUGAUUGGCUACAAUUGAGUAUUUAAGAAAACAAGUAACCAAUGAAAAAACAGUGCUAUAUAUAACAUACUGUGUAUAUGAACACUCAAAUGUAAGACUCAAGUUCAUUGGUUGACGAUGCAAUAUCUUAUCUGUUUUGAUAAUAAAUAUAAAGAAGUGCAAAACGAUAUUAACUGUUUAUUGUUUCAAUUCAGUUAGGAUGGUUUUGCACAUAGAGAUCAUGCAAUGUUCAAUGUAUAUAUGGUAGUAGUACUAUUUAAUUGUAGCAUACACCCAUAGGAAAUUUGUUAUUGAAUUGUUGUUAAGUGUGCAUUAUAGCUCAUUAUUUUCUUAUUGUAUCUGUAUGCAUGUAUUUUUAGAUCUGUCAUUAUUUCAAUGAUGCCACUACAGCCUAUUACUAUUUUACUUUGCUUAUUUUGAUGAUUUAAAAUAAAUCAUACACAAACUCUGUGAGAAACAUAAGGGAAUAUUUUUGUGAAAUCAAAAUCAUUAGAUCUAAUGUGCAUGCUUGCUUUUUCACCACCUAAAUGCCACCACCCUUGAACAUAUUUGCUUUUGUUGAAAGUGUGGUGUGAACAUAGUCUAAACAAUUAGACAUUUUAAAUGGUAUGAUCCCAUAACAUCUUAAGUCCAACCUCAAAAACUGUUCACUUUCAUAAAUUCUCUUAAAAUACGAAUUAAAGCAUUUUUUAAAAACAAAAAUAAGCUUAAGCAAUUUCUACUGAAAAUAAAUUCCAUCAAAUUAUUACCAAUCGUGCCUUUGACACCUGAAAAAUAAUAUAAAAAUUGAUUUUUAUCAGUGUUGUUGUAUAUGGUGCGCUCUACACAAAGGAAUGUUUAUUUUGCUGAUACAAUUAAGGAACGUAAAUUGGUGCUUGAUUUUAAAUGACAUUUCCCGUUAAGAUCAGCUACACAUUAAACUAACGUCUAUGUCACAGAAAACAUAUGAUUCCACUAUGAAAACCCAUAAUAAACCCAUCUUGGAUUUUGUUAAGAUUGUCUUGCAGAGCAUAAUAGUGUGUGUUUUGUAAAUUCAAAGUGGAAUAGCUCAUGGAAAUAUCACAUGUUAGUGUCAAACUGAUUUGUUAAAUGGUCAUUUUGUUUGUAUGUUGGUGGUAGGGAUAAUUGUUGAAAAUGCCAAUCAUGUAUUGAUUUUCUUACCUGGGAUUCAUGAUAAUUUGUAAAGACGAUUUGUUAUAAACUUGAAAUUCUGAUUAUGUGUGUAUUGUUUCUCUUGUUUUCAUGAAGUUCUUUUUCAAGCAUUUGAUAAAAUACGAAACUGAUCCAUACAAUUGUUUGUAGUGAAUAUCUUAAAAGCAUGAAUUUCCAAACUUAGUUGUGGCUGUUCUCUCUCUAUAUAUAUAUGUGAAUUUACUUUGUUGCUUGUGAAACCUGAAAAUAUCAAUAACUGAUAUGUUGUAUGAAAUAUCUUAUGUUAACUAAAGUUGUGACUGAAUUUUAGCUGAAAACAAAUAACAUUUAUUAGAAUAUGUUUCUGAAAUAAGAAAUACAAAACAACAUUUGAUAUACCACUGACCUGAAUAAAAUCAGCUCUACGGUAAUAAAAAGGUUACUGUUGGUCUUGACUUUUAAGACGGGACAUUUUAAGGGACUAGAUGAACUUUAUUUACUUGGCAACUACAUACCAUUUAUGUAAAAAUAGGCUUAUUGAAGAGUUGGUGGAGUUUGCUGGACCAAUGAGUACCAUUAAUUUAUGUUAUUUUACUUUGAUAAAUAAGAAUGGCUUCAACAGGACAAGGUUGCAAGAACCUUUCAUAAUUAAACUUGUUGGUUUUAAAUGAUGCCACUGUGAAUAUAAAUUGCAACUGUUUGUUAAACAUAUGCUAUUGCUUUGCUCAAUUCCGAAACUAAAAAAAUGAGUGUGCUGAUUUCACAAUAAUACAUUCACAUUUGUUAAAGUUACCAGUAAUGCCCAAUUAAUAUUUAAACAUUUCAACAGUGGUCUCACUAUCUCUUCCAAUUUGAAUCAUCACAUAUUACCAAUUAAUUGUUAGAAUGUUACCUGAACAAAUGCAACAUAAGUUAUGCAUACUUACUUUUUCUUGUCAUGUGAUGCUUAUGUGGAUGUAAUAAAUAACGUUUUAUCUUGUGUAAUGCAAUAUUUAUUCAGUUUGUAGUUUAUAAUGGGUAUCCAAGUCUAUUAUAUAAAGCUCCCAUGCAUAAUGUUUAUGAUAUUUCAUAUUAUGAUUUGCAUUUUAGUCUUGUCUGCUGUAAACAGUACUUAUUUAAUAUCGUAAUCAGCAGAAAUAGUGAUUAAUAAAGAAAUUUCAGUAAUUGUGAUCAUGUGAACUAUUUUGUUAUUAAAGAACUUUUUUAAUAAAAGUCACUUGUACUGUUCAUUAAUAUUACAGUUAAAAUGUUUGCUAAGUUUGGUUUGAAAAUACAUGUUUGUGUAAUUUUUCCAAUACAACUUAAGAAUAUCCCAUUUAAAGCUGAUUUUGAUGUAUUUUUGUAACUAUUAUAAUAUAAAGACAUUUUAUCGGUCUGUCCUUUUUCUUAUUGUUUAGUAUUCUUGUUCUGAAUGUGUUUCUACAGAAACAGUUUCACACUUGUUGGCCUUGAUAAACAUUUAACUGACUUUCCAGUUCUUUUCUUAAACAUGUAAAUGUGUUGCUUAUAUAUCUUAUUUUGAAGUUGUUUUCUCUUUGAUCCACUAUUGAUAUAUAUCAAAACGCACCUGUCAUUACACAAGGCUAUGGUUAAAUACCUAGAACUUGACUAACAAUGAAAAGAACUGCAUUUCUUUAGUAUCAUCAUUCGUUGUGUUAUUGACAGCUACGUGUAUGUAUGAUAAAUUGCCUUCCUUUCUAUACAAGUAUGCUUCAUAAAAUGAGUUUCUAUCCCAUUAUAUGUUAGAAAUUGAUAAGCAUUUCAUAAAAAAAUGAAAUAAACUCUGAUAAAAUAUCAA